UCUCCCCCAGGCGGCAUGUUGAUUUCAGCCAAUCAGAGCGCUCCUUGACUCCGGCUCAGCCAAUGGGAGGCCAGGGAAGCUAUGACGCGGUCAGUGGGUGUGAUCCCGCAGGAGGAAGCGUCAAGGCAACGAACAAUAUAAGUUUUAAGAAGAUGGCAGACAAGAACGUGGAUCGUGGGCCGUGGACCGGAUGUGCCGUCAUGUUUCUGCAGUCGCUCUGUCCUGAUGUGAACCUGCUGUCUCUCUACAAAGACAGAGAACAGGGAAAGUUCAUCGUUUUCAAAGUCAUCAAGCUGACACUUACAGAUUCCGCAGGAGGUCUGGGUGGUUAUGAGAUACUUAAGGUCCAUGACGCCGAUCCCUUUCUGGGGGUGGAGGUGAAGUUUGAGGACGUGGCAGCAUGUCAGCAGUUCCUCGAGAGCUACAGCUCCGGAGCGGUGCGUCAGUCGCUCUCUCAACACGCCUGCCGGCUUCUCGCUCUUCCCCAAGAGUUCACAGUGGAAACUCAGCUCAAGGCCAGCACACACACCCUGGAUCUCUAUCUGGAUAAGCUGGAGCUCUGCCUACAGCACAUCCACCUGUCACAGCCGGAGCGGCUGCGCGAUGAGGAGAUUGAUCAUCUGGAGCAGCAGCUUCAGACUCAGGCCCUCGGCCCAACCCCACAGACGACCCCCAUCACACAGGAAGAGUCUCCCGUCCCCAGCAACUGCUUCAAGUUUCAGAAUAAAGUGUUUGAGGACCGAAUGCUGACGGCGACAGAUGUUCAGAGCUUUUCUAAUGGAGUGGGCCGCCAGUGGAAGCAUGUAGGGAGGGCCCUGGGGAAGAGCUGCCGGGCUUUGAAAGGUCUGGCCAUAGACAACCUGGCCUACGAGUACGAGAGAGAAGGGCUGUAUGAGCAAGCCUAUCAGCUGCUCAGCCGCUUCAUCCAGGCGGAGGGGAGAGCGGCCAAGCUGAGCCGACUGGUCAAAGCACUGGAGGACUGCAAACUCACCAGCCUGGCUGAAAAUAUUCUGGACAUACAGCCACGAGAGUAACUCGCUGUGCUUUUGUUCUGCGUGUACGAGUCGUGAAAACUGAGGGGCGACAGGUCCUCUCUGCAUGAGGAGACUUUGUCCUGCCUGCUUUUGAUAUGCAGUAUGUUUGUUCUUGAUUGACUGUCUGUCAUUCAAAAAUCAUUCCUGCGUGUGGGUGUGCGUGUGCAUGUGUGUGGGUGUGUGUGGGUGUGUGUGGGUGUGUCAGACAGGUUGUGUGAACACAUGCUAACAUCUGUGAGAAUUGAUUCAUAUCUUGAUUUGCUUUUCAAUUAUUAGUAUUACUGUUUUCAUUUAGAGGAAAUGAUCUGUCAUCACUGUUUUAAAAGAUAUGCUGUCUUGAGUUUAAUGCACUGUUUCAACCUUUUAUUUCUGCUUUAUACGACAAUUUACAGAUGAAACCUUCCACAACUGAAGGUUAUUGAUUGUUUUUUUCUACAAAAUGGGUGCAUACAAAUUAAAUGGUUGUAUUAAAAAAAAAAAA